UUUCAACCAUGCAACCUAACCGCGUUUGACAAUUUAAUUCAUCCAACCGCUCCUACCACAUCACACACACAUAUCUAUCUAUCUACCACUAUAUAUUAUGCAGUAGCACAAAUUCAUUUUGUUAUUACAACCUCGUUUUCUAACGAAUGCUGCUCUGCAACCAUGCAGCUUAACAAUCUUUGCUUUAUAUUACCUGCAGAUUCUAUAGACCAGAAAGAUGAAACACUACAUGAAGUGAAACAGAGAGACCAUUAUGCUCAGAUUCUUAAGGCUCUGCGAAAAUCGAUUUACAGGUUUUUUGUGGUAAAAUGGGCUAGUUUCUGUGGACCAAGAAAACAGCCCUCUCCUAGUCUGUUUCAUGACAUGGAGGGGGUUCAGAUUUUGGACAAGGUUGGGGCGAAUAAUCCCAGAACGUUUAGCUUCGCGGAGCUUUACAUUGGCACGAAGGGCUUUAGCCCGGACGAGGUUCUUGGAAGUGGAGGCUUUGGGAGGGUGUAUAAGGCUGUUUUGCCUAGUGAUAACUCAGUUGUUGCUGUCAAGUGUUUGAUGCAGAGGGGUGAGCGGUUUGAGAAGACUUUCGCGGCUGAGCUGGUGGCUGUGGCUCAUUUACGCCACAGGAAUCUUGUGAGCCUGAGAGGCUGGUGUGUUCAUGAUGAUCAGUUGCUGCUUGUUUAUGAGUACAUGCCUAACAGGAGCCUUGAUCGUGUGCUAUUUAAGCGACAGGAGAGCGUGGCAACGCCUGUGAUCCUCGGGUGGAAUAGGAGAGUUAAUAUCAUUGGUGGCCUGGCAACUGCACUUUUUUAUUUACAUGAGCAAUUGGAGACGCAGAUCAUUCACAGGGAUGUGAAGACUAGUAAUGUUAUGUUGGAUUCCAAUUUUAACGCGAGGCUUGGGGACUUUGGAUUGGCUAGAUGGCUAGAGCAUGAGCUUGAUCACCAAAUCAGGACACCGGUGAAGUACCAGGAGUUUCAAUUGGCAGACACUACGCGAAUUGGAGGCACAAUUGGAUACUUGCCUCCAGAGAGCUUCCAGAGACGCGGCUCUGCUACCUCAAAAUCUGAUGUUUUUAGUUUUGGGAUUGUUGUGCUGGAGAUUGUCUCGGGGAGACGAGCAAUGGACCUUGCAUUCCAAGAUGAUCAGAUUAUUCUGCUGGAUUGGAUACGAAGGCUUUCUGAUGAAGGAAUGGUCUUAAAAGCAGGGGAUAGUCGCCUUGUGGACGGGUCUUACAAGCUUUCUGACAUGGAACGCUUGAUUCAUCUAGGCCUCCUAUGCACACUAAAUGAUCCACAAUCUAGGCCAAACAUGAAAUGGGUGUUGGAAGUUCUUUCUGACAAUCUCUGCACCAAAUUGCCAGACCUUCCGUCGUUCAAGCUUCAUCGUCUAUAUAUAUCUCUAUCUUCUUCAAGCAGCAACAUGACUACCUCGCGGUCAUCCAAUGCCACCAUCACAACCACUACUACCACUGCUGCCUCGAGCUCAUCGACCUUUCUGACAGCCAAGGAAGAGACCAUGUACACAACUGCUGAAUAUGGAAGCACUGAUGUCAGCUCCUCUGCUGAAUAUGAAAAAUCUGAUGUUAGCCCUUUUACUGAUUAUGCAAGCACUGACAUCAGGUCUGAGGACAACAAGAGUAAACGUCGACUAAAUAUGUUCCCGGUUAUUGAAACUCCAAGGGAAAUUAGCUUCAAGGAAAUCAUUUCUGCUACUAAAAACUUUGCGGAUUCCAGAAGGGUAGCUGAAGUAGACUUUGGGACUGCUUAUUAUGGCAUUCUUGACAAUAAUCACCAUGUCUUGGUGAAAAGGCUAGGCAUGAAAACGUGUCCUGCACUUCGGGCAAGAUUCACUAAUGAACUCCAGAAUUUGGGGAAUUUGCGCCAUAGGAACUUAGUACAACUCCGUGGAUGGUGCACUGAACAAGGAGAGAUGCUAGUUGUCUAUGAUUACUCCGCGACUCGCCUUUUAAGUCACAAUCUACAGCAUUACCACCAAAGAAAAGGCCUUCCAAUUCUGAAAUGGCAUCACCGGUACAACAUAGUGAAAUCACUUGCUUCUGCCAUUCAUUAUCUCCAUGAAGAAUGGGAUGAGCAAGUGAUCCACAGAAACAUAACCUCAUCAUCUAUUGUUCUCGAUGGAGAUAUGAACCCGAGGCUUGGCAGCUUUGCACUUGCUGAAUUCUUGACAAGAAACGAGGAAGGUCACCAUGUUGUUGCUGCCAAAAACUAUUCUGUUAAUGGGAUAUUUGGCUACAUGGCACCAGAGUACAUGGAGUUUGGGGAGCCAACCACAAUGGCCGAUGUUUAUAGCUUCGGUGUAGUGGUUCUUGAGGUGGUUAGUGGACAGAUGGCUGUGGACUUCAGCCAGCCCGAGGUACUUUUGGUUAAGAGAGUCCAGAAAAUCAAGGGAGGGAAAAUGCAAUACGCGGAGCUUGCAGACUGGAGGAUGGAUGGAGAGUAUGAUCACAAGGAACUCGUGAGGAUGGCGAAACUUGGCCUGGCCUGCACACACUCUGACCCGAAGCUGAGACCGAGCAUCAAGGAUAUUGUCAGAAUACUAGAUGGUUGUGAUAAGUGCUUCCUUGAGAAAGGGCAGAAGAAGGAGACUAAAGAAGAAUGGAAGGAAAACAAUUACGCCUCAUUAGCGCUGAUUAGAAGGAUCCAGGCUCUAGGGGUACAGUGAUUAGAAAAUGUAGUGUUCUUGAUUUGUUUGUUGUUGAGGUUUAGUAUAGAUGUUUAUAGUGUGCAGUCAAUACUAGGUUCUUGUAAGUAAAGAGUAAUGAAAUUCGAUGUCUCCUAAUGGCCUUUGUUCUCUGUUAGUAGCU